GGAUAUUGGCACACCCCUGUCGACUGCGACAUCGAAUCCGACCUGGAGUGCGGCCCUGAUGUUUUUGCCGCGCUUUCUUAGAGAAAAAAAAAAACAAAAAGUCAGUGUGAAUUAGAUCUCUGUACAAGACAGUAGCAUAAAUAAAACCUUUGUAUUUUCGUAAAAAGUAAAAUGUAUUUCCGCGUUUAAUUACAGUCCAUUGGCUCCGAAACAUAUUUUGGACCUUCUCAGCCGGAUGGAGAAGCUCAUCUGCAAGCGAAAUGCGCUUAUAGCUCGGGUGAAAGCGGAGCUUUCGGUCGUAAAAGACCUCCACCUGCGGAAACCUUCCCGAAGCGAGGUUAUGGAUCGGCUGGACCAGCUCAAAGAGACAGCGGUCAGCUUCCGAGUUAUUCAAGCCGAAAUCGAGGAAAACCAGGAGGAUCCAGCAGCGAUUGCUUCAGUUUUCAAUGUGCGAGAGGACUUUUUCGGAGCUUUCUACAAGGCGAGAGAUGCCCUCGAGGAUUUGAUCGAGGAGGAGCAAUCAACGUGCAGCCAGCGUACGAAUGCAGAACCCGACGAUUGGAGGGAAGCGAUGAAGCUGCUCAUGGAGACGCAGCGGCAAAUGCUCCUGAAUCAGUCAACGUUGUUCAGAACUGCCGGCACUUCGCUGGCGCAAAAUGGCGGCGAGCUGGUUGACUAUGCUGUCAGAAGCGGCGAACAGGCAUCGAGUUGUGUACCCCAAGUGCGGUUGCCAGCAAUAAACAUUCCCCCUUUCAACGGCGAACGCAAAAACUGGAUGACCUUCAAGGACCUCUACGUGUCAACCAUCCACAAUCGGAAGGAUAUUUCGGAUUCCUUGAAGAUGCAGUACCUCUUAUCUUAUUUGAAAGGAGACGCAAAGCAGCUGGUCAACAAAUUCACCAUUUCCAGUGCCAACUAUGCGAAUGCGUGGGACACGCUCACCGGUCAUUACGACAAAAAGCGUUACACGGUUUUCGCCUUAGUACGGGAAUUUAUGGAUCAGCCGGGAAUCACACAAGCUUCAUCGCAAUCACUCAACAAACUCGCCUCGACGCUCGACGAAGUGGUCCAGCAGCUGGAUACGCUGGGGAUCGAAUAUCAAGGCCGAGACCCGUGGCUGAUCUACUUGACGCUGGAAAAACUGGACAACGAAACUCGUGCUGGUUGGUCGGAGAAGGUGGUCGACAACGAGAAUCCCACCUUCGAGGAAUUGAUGGAGUUCGUGAAGAAGAGGUGUGAGAUGCUCGAGACAUGCUCGGCAUUCUCGAAGAAAGCAACCGGAGAAGUGCUAAGAAAAGAACAAUCAAAAGUGAGUGAGAAAAAAGUGAAAGCAUUAGUGGCAAUGACCACGGACAAAAAGUGCGCGAAGUGUUCCAGUGAACACGCUACGUUUGUGUGUGAAGAAUUCAAGAAAAUGAACCUGAAAGAAAGAAGAGGAUUCGCACAGGAGGCAAACCUGUGCUUCAACUGCUUGCGGGCGUCCCAUUCAGCGAAAUCAUGUUUGUCGAAGUCGGUGUGCCGUACGCAGGGUUGUGGACAACGCCACCACACCUUGUUGUGUCCGAAUGUGAGUAAGGAAAAUGACGCCCCAGCAGACAACACGGUGAAGAGUGAAUCGCCAAAUUCGUCAGCCAAGGAGGAGCAGAUAGUUACUUCGUUGACGGUUGCCGUCGAUACCAAGCCGUCGAUUCCGGUGUUCCCGACCGCGGUAGUACAAGUGCGCAAGGACGACGGUACAUUUGGCCGUGUCAGAGUGCUGAUCGACUCCGGCGCCCAAGCGUCGAUGGUAACGGAAGACUGCGUGCGAAAGCUGGGACUCGUAAGGCGUAACGGAAAAGUAGUGGUUACUGGUAUUGGCCAGCAAGCUGCCGGUACCACUCGCGGCGUCGUCACGUUGCACCUCGCCUCGCGAUUCAACGAAAAUGUUGUCAUCACGACAAGCGCCUACGUCCUCGGUAAACUAACGUCCACUCUCCCAUCGCAACGAUUCAACAUCGGGAACAUGAAGCUUCUGGAGAACGUUAAAGAGAUGGCAGAUCCCACUUUCAAUAAGCCCGGACCAAUUGACGUGAUUUUAGGAGCAGACGUCUUUCUUGCUCUCUUGGAGGGAGGUCAGGUCAAAGACGAAAGCGGCCAAACGGUGGCCCAGAGUACUGUUUUCGGCUGGAUCGCAGCAGGACGAUACGACGAAGCAGAAGUAAUGCAAGGAAAUCACGCCAUAGUCAGUCUGCACACGGAGAUGGAUCUCAAUCGAACGCUGCAACAGUUCUGGGAGUACGAGGAAAUCUUCAAGCCACCCCCGUUCACCUCCUCGGAAACGAAGGUCAUCGAACAUUUCGAUUCGACUACGCAACGCGAUGCUACCGGGCGCUUCAUCGUGAAACUACCAUUCGACGAUUCGAAGCCCGCCCUUGGUGAAUCCCUGUCGGCUGCAACGAAGAGGCUCAUGUCCAUGGAAAGGCGGUUCGCAUCCAACCCGGAGUUCCAUCAGGAGUACGUGAACUUCAUGCGUGAGUAUUUGGAGCUCAACCACAUGGAACUAGUUCCGGCAGACCAGCUGGAGAAACAGACCUCGGAGCACUACUAUUUACCGCACCACGCGGUGAUCAAGGCGACGAAGCUGCGCGUCGUUUUUGACGGCUCGUGCGGUACAUCUACCGGCGUAUCCCUUAACGAUCGAUUGUUGGCAGGACCGAACAUCAAUACCGACUUGCUGUCGGUACUAUUGCGUUUUCGUUCCUACAAGGUGGCAUUUAGCGCAGAUAUCGCGAAAAUGUACCGCCAGGUGGUGGUGAGCGAAGACGAUCGCGAUUUCCAGCGUGUUGUGUGGCGUGAAAACACAGAUCUUCCGAUACAGCACUAUCGCCUUUCUACGGUGACAUAUGGAACGAAGACAGCUCCCUACCUUGCAAUUCGAGCCAUGAGAGAGUCCGCCAAGGACUAUACAUCGACACAUCCAGCAGCAGUUGAGCGUAUCGUUCACGACUUCUAUGUGGAUGAUCUGCUUUCAGGAGCCAACAACGAAGAAGAAGCAGCGUGCAUCAAGCAGGAAAUAAGCGAUAUUCUGUCCAAGUCCGGUUUCGAACUGCGAAAAUGGUCCUCAAGCUGCCCUAAUCUGGUACAGGACGAUUCUCCUGCAUCAGUACCGGUGAAGCUUUCGGAUGAAGCAGAUGCAGUUAAGGCGUUGGGAAUUCAUUGGUAUCCGAACGACGACCAAUUCGGGUUCAAGGUCAACCUUCCCAUCAAUGCGAUCAACACCAAACGCCAGAUGAUAUCGGAUGCAUCGAAGCUAUUUGACCCGUUUGGUUGGUUGGCACCUGUGAUCGUUAAAAUCAAGAUUUUGUACCAAUACCUUUGGCUGUACGAUGUCAACUGGGAUGAUCCCUUGCCCACCGCCAUCGAGUCGGAAUGGGUCGAAAUUAAGCAACAACUUCGUCAGUUGGAAACGAUACGGAUCCCAAGAUUCGUAACUCAUAACCGUGGCAAACUCCAACUGCACGGUUUUUCGGACUCGUCUGAGCAGGCCUACGCUGCCGUCGUAUACUCGCGGUGCAUUGAUGACGAAGGAAACAUCACGGUUGUACUGGUUGCCGCAAAAUCUCGUGUGGCCCCUAUUAAGCAAGUGUCACUGCCACGAUUGGAAUUGAAUGGUGCACUGCUACUUACCGAGCUCAUGAAGAAGGUGUCUGAGGCCUUGCCGAAUCUGGAAAUCGAACAUUUUGCCUGGACUGAUUCCACUAUUGUGCUACAAUGGUUAUCGUCGCACCCUCGUUCGUGGAAAACAUACGUAGCAAACCGAACGUCUGCUAUUCUCGAGUUCCUGCCUCGUGACCGGUGGCGCCACGUCAACAGCGAGUCAAAUCCCGCGGAUUGUGCUUCACGUGGGAUCUCUCCAAGCGAACUUGUUCAUCACAAGCUGUGGUUCCAUGGCCCGGAAUGGCUUAGCGCUGACGAGUCGGAAUGGCCAUCGAAUGCAGUUCAGCCUGUUCUCAGCGACGAACUACCGGAAGCAAGAAACAUGAAAAUCAUGCAUACCACCGAAACCUCAGUCAUUCCGUUUCGGGACAACUACUUGGUCGAGCAGCAAUUGCUCGAAAGGCGCUCCAGAUUCAACCUCAUCGUACGUUCGCUGGCUUGCGUCAACCGAUUCGUCCACAACAUUAAAUCUCGAACCGAACAGCGAUACAUCGGGCAGCUGGUUCCAAGUGAAAUCCAUCAAGCCAAGCUGCAGCUACUACGGGCUGCUCAACAUGAGGUUUUCGCACCUGAAAUAAAGAUACUUCGAAGUGCAGUAAUCAAUCAGCAGUUUUGGAUCGUAGGUUGUCAGACGGUGGUACGAGACGUAGUACGUGGAUGCACCCGAUGUGUUCGUUUGAAGGGUAAAACAGCAACACAACUGAUGGGAAACCUGCCCCCGGCGAGAGUUUUGGCGACAAGAGCAUUUGCGUAUGUUGGCAUUGACUACGCAGGGCCACUCAAAAUCAAGGCUGGCUGCGUUCGAGGCGUUAAAGUCAGCAAAGGGUACAUCGUGGUCUACGUGUGCCUAUCAACUCGUGCAGUACAUUUGGAGGCAGCGAGCGACAUGUCCACAAACACUUUCAUCAGCACCCUGAAGCGGUUUGUGUCAAGACGCGGUUAUCCAAAUGAAAUCCGAUCAGAUAAUGGUACCAAUUUUAUUGGUGCAGACCGUGUUCUGCGAGAAUUCGUAGAUCAGAUCCAAUCACACACCAAGGAUGCAGAACGAUAUCUUUCUAACCUCGGAAUCAAAUGGGUGUUUAACCCCCCGUCGGCGCCCCACAUGGGAGGCAUUUGGGAGGCGGCCGUCAAGAGCGUGAAGUGCCACCUGGUAGCGGAAUUUGGGACAGAAGCAACAACGUUCGAAGACUUGACAACGAUAUUGUGCCAAAUCGAAGCCUGCCUCAACAGUCGACCAUUGUGUCCAUUAUCAAGUAAUCCGGACAGCUGCGAGGCACUAACCCCCGGCCAUUUUCUGGUCGGCCAACCGCUGAACCUAAUUCCGGAACCUGACGUUCGGCAUAUUCCACGGAAUCGCUUGGAUCAAUGGCAGGACAUGCAACACCGUUCCGUGCAAAUCUGGUCGCGUUGGAAGGAUGAAUAUCUCGCCAGUUUGCAGCCACGCACCAAGUGGCGUUCCGUUCACACCAACAUUUCGGUGGGCCAGUUGGUGCUAGUAAAGAACGACAACGCUCCGCCCACCCAGUGGGAAUUAGCACGUGUUCAGGAGGUCCACCCGGACGCGUCUGGCGUAGUACGAACAGUUACGCUGCGACGUGGUACUACUGUUUAUCAGCGACCUAUCCACAAGUUUUGCGUGCUUCCUGUAAAUUGA